AUGGCCGACGACGACGACGCCCAGAACCAGAUAUCCAGCACCUUCCCCCCUCCGCCGCCCUUCUGGAAGGACUUUACGCCGGACAAUGUCGCGAGGAUCAAGGACCUCAAGCAGGAGCAGGUCGAGCGCGACGCCGCCGAUCACGACCCAGCCUCGAUCCGCCUGGCCGGCCUGCCUCACAACCUCCGGUUCCUGCAGCCGCCUCUCCCGCCCGACGCCGGCGCGUGGCGCGUCUUCGGCAACCAUUACACCCUGAACCAGACCUUGCCCAAGCUCGACGGCUCCGGCAUCCAGAAGCUGUUCCCAGAGCCCGAGGAGAGGGACCAGGACGGCAAGCACUUUGACCGCGCCACCAUCCUCAAGAGGCUGGCCAAGAGCCUGCUGCUCAACUUCCUCGAGCUGACGGGUAUAUUGUCCAUCAACCCUGCGGAGGCCGAGGCCAAGAUCACCGACAUCCGAGACCUCUUCCUCAACUUCCACCACCUCAUCAACGAGUACCGACCCCACCAGGCCCGCGAGUCCCUCAUCUCCAUGAUGCAGUCCCAGCUCGACCGCACCCGCGCCGAGACCAACGCCAUCCGCGACGUCAAGGAGAAGGUCGAGCGGCUGCUGGAGGGGCUGGGCAGCUUGAAGAUGGACCACGAGUCCCUCGGCGGCGCGGCAGAGGGCGGGAAGCGGCGCGAGGAUCUGGAUGGCGAGCUCGAGGCCUUGCUGGCAGAUGAAUUCCCGUAG